AGAUGGGGUUAGAGAGACAGAGAGUGAGAGUGAGAGAGAAAAAGAGCGCUCGCGUUUGCGCUUCUGACCCCAGAGGACGACCCAGUAACAGGGACUUUUGUUUCCUUUGCCCGCCUACUAUCACUUCCGGAUUUUUGCUGCAACGACAACAACAGGCGACAAAUUCAGCGCAGCAAUUCUGCAUUCGUAGUCGCAGCUGGCGCUGAAGUUGCCAGAAAAUCUAAAGCCAAGAAUGGUCAACGAGCUGUUGUAGACUAGCCCCAACAGCCGACCGGCUGGAGCUAUUUUUAUCCUAACUGUCUGCCAAAAUCAUGGAAAGGACAGCGGCACAACGUGGCUAACUGCGUGCGCCUGUGUGCGUGUGUGUGUGUGUGUGUGUGAAUUGGCGUGCUAGUGUUAAGCGCAAUGUAUGUGAGCAUCUGGUGCCACAAUCUGAAUUUGAGCAGCCGCAGCCUGGCCAUUGCCCUGGUGGUCUGUGUGACGCUCGUCUACUUCUCGUACAGCUUCAAUGCCUGCCUUUUUGCCAGCAUCAGUCGCUCCUUGCAGCAGAGCAACCUACGCAAUUUGCUGACGCUGCAGCGGCGCAACGUUAGCAGCGAGCCCGUCAAGGAUGCUGGUACUGCUCCGGAGGUCACCUCCAGCACGGCUAUAAUGUCCAAUGGCACCGCCAGUGCGGCCAGCAUUGGCAAUGGCAUUGCCAGCGUCGACGGCGCGCCCAAGUAUCAAAUGUUGCGCCAGCAGGGAUUGCGGCCCUCACGCCAUUUGCCCGACACGCUCAUCAUUGGCGUUAAGAAGAGCGGCACCCGGGCGCUGCUCGAGUUUAUACGCCUGCAUCCGGAUGUGCGUGCCGCCGGCUCUGAGGUGCACUUCUUCGAUAGGCAUUAUCAGCGCGGCCUGCGCUGGUAUCGCCAUCAUAUGCCCUACACCAUCGAGGGCCAGAUCACCAUGGAGAAGACGCCCAGCUAUUUUGUCACAAAGGAGGUGCCGCAGCGCGUAUAUCACAUGAACCCGGCCACAAAACUGCUGAUUGUGGUGCGAGAUCCGGUGACGCGCGCCAUCUCGGACUAUACGCAGGCGGCUAGCAAGAAGGCGGACAUGAAACGAUUCGAGCAGCUGGCCUUUGUUAAUGGCAGCUAUUCUGUGGUGGACACCAACUGGGGCCCUGUCAAGAUUGGUGUCUAUGCGCGCUAUCUGGAGCACUGGAUAUUGUACUUUCCGCUUUCGCAGCUGCUCUUCAUAAGCGGCGAGCGCUUGAUUAUGGACCCGGCCUAUGAGAUUGGACGUGUACAGGACUUUUUGGGUCUGAAGCGUGUGGUCACCGAAAAGCAUUUCUAUUUUAAUGCCACCAAGGGAUUCCCCUGUCUAUUCAAAUCUGAGGCACGCUCCACGCCCCAUUGUUUGGGCAAGACAAAGGGACGCAAUCAUCCGCAUAUCGAUGCCAAUGCGAUUGAGCGACUCAGAGAGUUCUACAGGCCGUUCAAUAAUAAGUUUUAUCAACUGACUGGCAUUAAUUUUGCCUGGCCCUAAAGCUUAAUAUUAGAGUGAGUGAGAGAAAGAGGCACAGGAGAGAGAGAGGGAGAGAGAUAGAGAUGUUGUUGCAGCGGAAUUUAGCAACAGACUGAUAUUGUUGAUUGCAUUUUUUAUACAUACCAUUGUACUUAUACAUAGAAGAUAUAUAUACAAACAUAUAUGGUAUUUGCUAUCGAUGUGAUGCAAUUGCUGUAUGUUUAAAAGAUACGCUACGUAAUAUUGCUCAAUUAUUGAAAACAAUAUGAUAACAAAAUAAUAAACGGUUCCUUCUCUCAAUACACAACGCACAGACACACAAAAACUACUAUAUGUAAUGCCUAAAAGAAAAAUAUAUAUAAACGCAUAGAACAAGUAGAGCUUACUACGUAUUCCUACAGAGUAUGAGCAAGAAGAUAAACAGAGAGCUACGCAUCCAGAUCCUAAAUCAAUUACUUAAAAGACACUAUACAAAAAGGUACUGAUAGCAUGCGAUUAGGCACACGCGCGCACACACACACUCUAUAUAAAAUUCAUAUGC